AUGUUGAGAAUAACUUCAAAGGCGAUCACUAAACCAAUUGUAUACACCACUUCCGUGCGUUUCAACUAUACUGUUGCCAACAGUGUAUCCAGACCAGAAGGUAAACAAUUAAACAAGAAGGAUUUACAAGAAAAUGCAUUUGCCAGACAAGCACCAAAUAGAGAUGUAACUUGGUCUCCUAAUCAAGAAUCAAGAAUUGAUGUAAUUAGUAAAUAUCCAUAUAGAUUUGUUCAACAUGAUUUAGAACAACAACCUAGACCAUAUGCUGCUAUUGAUUUGAUUGCAAAAGAACCAGUUAGAUAUUUAUCUCAUCAUGAUGGAAAUAUCGCUGUUUGUGAUGGAAAUAAAGGUAGUACUUUACAAGGUCAUCCAAAAGUAUUUAUUAAUUUAGAUCAACCAAAGCCUGCUACUUGUGGUUAUUGUGGGUUGAGAUAUGCAAAGGAAGAAUUCAAGGAACUUAUUGAAGGUAAAGAAAACGCAUAA